GAGAGAGACAGAGAGAAAGGGGGAGGAGGAGGAGUAGGAGAGCUCCGUCUCUCCCGGUGCACUUGGCAGUCUAGUUGCGGGCUGCUGUGCUGUUGCUGUCGUGGCGUGGCUGGUCGCGCCAGGCUGGGGGGGAACUUCACCACACUGGAGCCCGGAGUCCCACUCUCUCACCUGCGCAGUUCGGAGCUGCCAUGGGUCUCUCGCCGGGAUUUACUGUCCUAAUUAUUCUGCCGGCCUUCCUGCAGCACACCAGCGGCCUUUACGUCGCCAGUAGCGUUAACUCCCUGCAGCACGUCCUGGGGGAGUAUGGACUGGUUAGGCCGAUCAGUGUGGARGCGGAGGGCCGCUUUCUAUCACAUGCCGUCUCAGCCGGCCGGGUGGCAGGAGGGCAGUCCCGUAGGCGCCGGAGGAGGGAGGUAGGAGAAGGCAACAACGAGUGGGAAGGUCCGACAGGAGCCGAGGAGAAUCGAGAGCACCUAGCUCAUCAGGAGAGGCUUUACUACAACGUCACCGUCUURGGCCGGGAGUUUCACCUGCGCCUGCGCCACAAUGCCAGGCUGGUGGCCCCCGGAGCCAAGAUGGAGUGGCAUGACGACAGCGACAACAUCCGGUACUCUGAGCCGCUGCAUGAUGAGUGCCUGUUUGUGGGAGAUAUCACUGACACCCCAGGAGCCACCGCAGCCAUCAGCAACUGUGACGGCUUGGCCGGCAUGAUCAAGACCGAGCAGGAGGAGUUUUUUAUUGAGCCGUUGGAGAGGGGAGAUGGAGUCAUCGAAAAGGAGGAGGAGGAAGGGGGAGGAGGCAGGACGCACAUCGUCUAUCGCUCGUCAGCUCUUAAGAAAGUGCCCAUCAGCAGCACAGCGGCGGACUACCACUCCAGAGGUGAAUGAGAUCUACCAUGAUAAGUCUUUGGGAGCAAAAAUCAAUGUGGUGCUGGUGCGGAUAAUCAUGCUGGGAAAUGGCAAGUCCACGAGCCUCAUUGAACUUGGGAACCCAUCUCAGAGUCUGGAGAACGUGUGCCGCUGGGCCUAUCUGCAGCAGAAGCAAGACACCGGGGAUGCAGAGUAUCACGAUCAUGCCAUUUUCCUCACACGGCAGGAAUUUGGCCCCACUGGCAUGCAGGGUUAUGCUCCCGUGACGGGGAUGUGCCAUCCUGUGAGGAGUUGCACGUUAAACCAUGAGGAUGGUUUCUCUUCUGCCUUUGUGGUGGCACAUGAAACGGGACAUGUGCUGGGGAUGGAGCAUGACGGUCAGGGAAACCGCUGCGGAGACGAGGUGCACAUGGGCAGCAUCAUGGCUCCACUGGUGCAAGCUGCCUUUCAUCGUUUUCAGUGGUCCAAAUGUAGCAUGCAGGAGCUGGGACGUUACCUUCAUUCAUAUGAUUGCCUUCGGGAUGACCCUUUCGACCACAACUGGCCGUCGUUGCCUCAACUUCCUGGUCUGCAUUAUUCCAUGAAUGAACAGUGUCGUUUUGACUUUGGUGCGGGCUACACCAUGUGCACUGCGCUACAAAAGGCGGGCCAAUUAGGACCGCAGUUCCGAGGGUUUGACCCAUGUAAGCAGCUGUGGUGUAGCCACCCAGACAAUCCAUUCUUCUGCAAGACCAAGAAGGGACCACCCAUCGAUGGAACCAUGUGUGGAGAUGGAAAGCACUGCUUCAAAGGUCAAUGCAUGUGGUUGACUCCUGACCUCAUGAAGCAAGAUGGAAACUGGGGCUCAUGGAGCGAGUAUGGCCAGUGUUCCCGGACCUGUGGUGGGGGUUUACAGUUUCGCACAAGAGAGUGUGAUAAUCCUAGUCCAGCCAAUGGAGGUUGGACCUGCAGGGGGUCAUCGUUUGAAUACCAGAUGUGCAACACCAAUGAGUGCGAGGACAUCUACAGUGACCCAAGAGAGGAGCAGUGCCACACUUCAGACCACAACAACAAACACCACUGGCUGCCUUAUGAACACCCAGACCCUAAGGAACGUUGCCGCCUUUAUUGCCAGUCUAAGGAGACAAGAGUUGUGAGCCUCAUUGAGAAAAUGGUCCUGGACGGUACACGCUGCUCAUACAAGGACCCGCACAGUGUGUGCGUGCAGGGGGAGUGCAAGAAAAUGGGCUGUGAUGGCGUGUUUGGCUCCUUAAAGCAGGAGGACAAGUGRGGCGUGUGUGGAGGCAACAGCUCCAGAUGUAAAACCUACAAAUCGGCAAUAAUAAAGACAGUAAAGAAGAAAGGUUUCCUCAAAAUCUUUGAAAUCCCAAGAGGUGCGAGGCACUUACUAAUUCAAGAACUAAACGCCACCCCCCAUACUCUUGUUGUUAAGAAUGUGGCAUCUGGACUGUUCUUCUUAAARGGGGAAAAUGAAAAGCCAGUAAACCGCUCAGUCAUAGAGAAAGGCGUGGAGUGGGAAUAUCAGAACGACAACAACAAGGAAACCCUUCAGAGUACAGGACCCCUCAGACACGGGAUUUCAAUAAUGAUGAAAUUACAUGGAGACGAGGAUGUGAAUUUGUCCUACAAGUACAUAAUGAAAAUGGACGAUGACUCCUCUAUUCAAAACAACAUGCUGGUAGAAGACAGCGCCUAUGAGUGGGCGCCAAAACAAUGGUCCUAUUGUUCCAAGUCUUGUGGUGGAGGAAAACAGUACCAGCGAUAUGACUGCAGGAGAAAAGUUGACAGCAAGAUGGUUCACAAAAGUUUCUGUAAUAAAUCUAUCAAGAAGCCAAGAGGAGACAGAAACUGCAACCUGAAGCCCUGCCCUCCACCCAGAUGGGUGACAGGGGAGUGGCAGAACUGCAGUAAGCCCUGCGGAAAGACGGGGUUGCAAGUCCGCUCUGUCAUCUGUGUGCAGCCGUCAGAGGACAACACAACAAGUGUUAUCCACAGUAAACACUGUAGUAAAAACCGUCCAGAAUCCCGCAGGAUCUGCAACCGGUAUCCCUGCCCCACUCAGUGGAGCGUUGAUCCCUGGUCACGGUGCUCAGUGACGUGUGGUAACGGGACCCAGCAGAGGCAGGCUCUGUGCCACACCAGGGACAACACCAUCGGCCUGUGUUUAGARAGCAAACCAGAAACCAUAAGAGUUUGUCGCAUGGACCCAUGUCCCAAGGGCUCGUCAGACCUCAACAAAAACAGCAACAUUCUGAUCCAGUGGCUUUCUCGUCCCAACCCCAACUACCCGAGGAUCUCCUCACGUAAAACCUCCCUCUAUAGCUCCCAGCCCGGCCUCCACAGCGGCAGCCGCAGCUGCAUGUCUGUCCUCUGCUGGGCCCUGCCCGUCUCUGUCCUCCUGUCUCUGCAGGGCCGGCCCCGGCUGGCCCCCUGACCUGCCCCUCCCCCACGCCUUGUGCCUGUGCCCAUGCCCGCAAGCGAGCGGCAAAGCUUACGCUUCUCUUUUGGGGGGGGGGGAUGUCGUGUCUCUCUCUCUCUACGUGUCCGAGGCGGCUCUGACCGAGGGAGGUCUCUGGCUCCUGUGUGUGCUAGUUGGUUCUCUCUUGCUCUGUCUCUCUUUAUCUCUCUCUCUCUCCUCUGUGGAGCAUUGUGUUGUGACCGCUGGCCAGUCGAAAACUUAAAAAGAUCAACAAACAAAGAAAAAAAAUCGGACGUGAAAAGGAUUCGAAGUGGCAGAAUUUCAUUGGCACCUCCUGGGACGUGUCAAAGAGUCGUUCAUGUGUGACGGGAAGGCCUCACCCUCUGCAUGUGGCGGCCAUGUUUUGCGCGAGCUAGCUGCGUAUUGUUAUGGGUUACCAUUCCUGAGGUGCAGCAGCACUCUGUUCUUUUUGUAGCGCGUCGUCCGUGUGGGGAGAAACAGAUGUGAAAAUAAAUAGAAAUGUUAUAUAAUAUUCAUACAGAAAAAAAUUAUAUAUAUAAAUAUAUAUAUAUUGAAAAAAAUUAUGAAAGCUUUAUUGUGAAUGUGAUCUGAGGACAUCUUUGCUAAAGUGCUCAUCUGACAUCCUGGUUCCAUUUUGGGGAUGAGAACGGUGUCUCAUUCUAACGUUCCAUUCCCAGACUGACAAGAACUUAGCAAAGAGAUUGAAAGUGAUAACGAGGAAAACUUUGGAUUUUUUUUUUCCAGGGAGGUGAAAAACCUUGAAGGACUUUUAAAAACAAAAGCUGAAAAAAAAAGUUGAAAAAACAGGGUAGUUUGACCACUUGAGGUUGCUUCCCAUUUCACCUCAUCAUCAGCCAUCCUCUCUGACUGUUAUACAAAAAUUCAAUAAAUGCAGCUUAUUUGUGCUUGCAGAAUUUAAACAAAUACAUCUAUAAAUAUAUUUGUAUUCAUAUAUACCUAUAAAUUAAAAUCUAUAUGAGUAACAAUAAUAUUAAUAACGUUUUACCAUGAAUAAGCUGUAGCUUAUUUGCCUAAAACCUUUGGACUGCUAUUGAUCGCUUAGAUCCUUGACUGUUAUGUGUAUUUUUUUAUUAAUUUUACAUGAAUACAGAUGAAUAUUUAAUAAAGGCGAAGCGUUUUAUUUAUUUAGUUUUUUUUAUUUUUUUUAUUUUUUGGGCCGGGGAUUGACCUCUAUUAUGCAGGACUUAGUUAGUUGCCUCUCCAUGUUCUCAAAUAGAUCUGUGGUUUUUCUGUUGCUUCUUGUUUCCGUUUCAGGAUAGGAUCACGUUACGUCAUGCCCAUUUGCAUCCAUUGCCCCGUACAUUCGCCUCUACAUGUGCGCGUGUGAUACGUUUCUAUACUGUAUGUGUGUGUGUGUGUGUGUGUGGGGGGGGGGGGGUGUCUUAAAAUAGGGAAGUAAAAGAAGACCAGUCCUUGUCGAAGUUAAAGUGUGAGCAUGAGUGUUUGUGCGUGAGGCUUGCAUCAUUUUGGGAUUUUACAUACUGCGAUCAGAUACAGAAAUACCUCAUAAACUUUGAUUUAGAGAGCGUCUGGUGAUUUCACUUUAUUUUGAUGAACAUGUAACCACAUGAACAAUGCCUUAUCUUGGAUUGAAUGUAAUGGCAUUUAUCUGUGAAAGAGAUGGCUUUACUCAUUCAAAGUUUCACUCGGAAUAGAGGCAGCUUCAAAUCAACUAACAAACUCACAACCGCCAACCCAUCAAAAACCUACCAAGGUGACGUUGGACCGAUGUCCGACUACUGGAAAGGGUUUUCUAAGGGCCUAAGGUAUUGACAUAUAUGGCAUCUAGAGGAAAAAAAAGAACACUURAGAGUUGUCAUUGUAUUGUGAUCACAUAUUUUUGUUGUGACUAUGUAGCGAGCUAUCCAAGGUUUCCUGCUGCUGGAGUUGGACUGUACGAGACCAAGCCAGACCUAGCAGUGCGAUACUGUAUAUAACAUUGGUGUUGACUGUAUUUAAUAAUGUUCAUGACUGUUAUCUUCUUCUAUAAUAUUCUAUACUAUGGGUAACUGUUUUGUGGCUUCACUGGCCUGCUGCGUGGGGCUGGUUAACGUUCGGCUAACGUUGAAGAAACCUUCAGAUGGACUACGUGCACUGCGUCUAUAUGCACUUUGAUUUAUCAGGGAAAUUUUAUUAAUGUUUUGUAAAUGUUUCAUAUGACACUUAACGUGCCAUUCCAGUUUUUACAUCAUCAUGGAAAUUAUGUAUUUUCUUUAAAAAAAGAAGAAAAAAAAGAAAAGCAAAUAUAAUUUAUGUACUUCAUGUUUUCAUUUUAUUUUAUGUUUUUCAACCGAUGAACAGAUUGACUGGUUGAUUUCCAAGUAAUCAAGUGUUUUACCAAAGUGACUGUGAACUUGUAACUUUCGAUACAGUUGAAUUAUUUUUCUUAAGAAAAAAAAUCUAUAUAAUGAGGAGGAGGAGGCGUAUAUCAUUGUUUCAGUUCCUGUCAUUCUCAACAGCAAAGUAGUAUCAAUAAAACGUUUUAAAAAGUGUGA